AUGAAAGCACGCUACGACGAUUCGAGUACACCCGCGAUGUCUACGACUCCGAGCGAUCGCGCACACGCGUUUGAAUCAGACUGUUUACUAGCUGACGGAAUGUGUGUGUUGGGUAAGGCGAUGAGAAGAUCCGUUCAUGAUGGGGCGGAGCUGGAUACUUGUGUGGAUGUCAUUCUUGAGCUGACGUUAGAUGUGUGUUGGGUACAAGUACCUAGGCCUAGGACAGGAACAGGAAGACAUGGCGGAGGUCAGAGAUGCGGUGGAACGGGCGAAGGGAUUUCGGAUUUGAAAGUGCCGGGGGGUAGAGUUUGGACUAGCCUCCGGAGGAGAGGACGAUCAGGGACACAAGGGGAAGAAAGCACAAAGUGA